AUGCUCCUGUACAAGGCUCUGCUAGGCGACGACACUGUUGCAGAGCAUACCGAUACUCGUGCUUUCCGCGCAGGCUUCGAGUUGCCGUGUCACAACGGGUUCACAUUGUCGAAGGCUGCUCAAGCAUUCGCCGGUGGACCAGCUGCACUCGUGAUGGCAGCCUGUUCGACGCGAAUUGGCAGCUACGAAAGCCUCAAGCCUUACCUCGAUAUUAUCGUCAAGCACACAGUCCCUCUUCCCCUGAAGACGAUAGCCUUCGACGAUGGGCGUGCCAGUCUAGGGGAUGUGGUCAGGGGCUUCCUCCAGCGCACAGGCAUUCCCUGCGCUGCGUCGUUCGAGAGGAAGCGAGCUGCCGGCACGUUCACCUCUGACCUCGUUUCACUUGAAGAGAUUGACUCUCCGAGCUUCCGCCCUCGCAUGCUCGCUAUCGCUGCCACUGGCUCCGACUCGAUUGUGGGUAGCGAGAAAAUCAAGAUCACUUUCGUCGGCAAUAGUGACGAGGCGUAUGCCUGCCCUGUCGCGAGCUGCGCAUUCUGCGAAAAGGAAGGCAUCGUCAGCUGGCAGACAUGCUUCAAGGAAGGUGUCGUUCCGACUGCCUACCUCGCACAGCUCGUCCACGAGGUAUACGAUCCGAAUUCGGUGGACAAGCCGACAUCCCUCCUCAAUGCAAUCGAUAGCUGGCUUCUUGAGGAAUUGCUUUCUGCGAUCGCCAGUCCCCACGGUGGUAUCCUUUGA